AUGCAGCUGGAUGCCUACGUGAGGGAGAUAGCGGCACAGCAAAAAACCUUGGCGGGAACACAUUGGGGCAUAGAUCAUGCAACGGGUCUAGCCGAAGCAGCAAUAGGUAUGGCAGUAUAUCGAAAGAGGUGUCUCUUUUACUGAUAUAGAAUGACUACUUUUUCUGUAUAGCACGCAGUAGAAAGAUUACUUUUACUUCAGCGAGAACGUAUAGAUCUUUACUUUCACUGAUAUAGUCUAAGGCAUAUAAAGAACAGUUUUCUAAGAAAGCUAGGAAGCCAGGUCUCAGCGAAGAAGAUCUCUGCCGACGUCAUGAAGAGUUGCGAGAAGCCACCCUCCGAAUGGAAGCAGAAGAGUUAGUUAUGUCACUAUGAACUUCUGCACAAAAUCUUAGUCUUUACCUCACUCCACUCAUUCCCCGCGAAUUAUAUGGUUUAUCUUACUCUUCAUCAGAGCCGUCUUCAUGAAAAGGUCGUGGAUUAAACACUUUAAGAGGAAUAGGAUUCUGAGAAAGUGUGUAAGUGAACCCAAGUAAGUAGGAAAGAACAAAUACUCACUCAGGGCUAGGCAUAUUUUUGCGACCUCAUUUCAUCUGGAUGAAUAUGGUAACAAAGACAACAGCAUGCAUCCAGAUCCAGAUGAACACGCUAACGCCACCAGCGCCAGCUCAGAGGUGAAGACGCUUGAGCGGCGGAUUGCGGAACUGACUAAGCAAACUCAUGAUUUGAGCAAGCAACGCGAUCAGUGGGAGCUACGUCGCAAAAUUGUGCUGGGUGGUAUCGAACCUGUGGUAGAACAAGGAAGAGUACUCGAAGAACCUGUGGUAGAGAAAGGAAGUGGACCGCCAGGAGAGCAGUUAGGGGAUGGAUUUUUCGACUCCUAUCUUCGAUAGCAGAUUGGUGUGUUCGAUAUUCAUCUCUGCUCCAGAAUACUGCUCCAGAAUAUUGCUUUAGCUAAUAAUGUGAAUAAUCCUCGAUGCCUGUUCUCAUGUUUUUUCCUGGGACCUUUAGUGAUAAGACUACCUUACAAGGAAGAUUCAAAGCCGUUGUUGACAUGAAGUCGAAGCACCCUAUCCUAUCGUAUUCUAUCCUAUCGUAUCCUAUCGUAUCUUAUCCUAUCCUAUCCUAUUUUUCAAGAACGUUGUUGACAAGUAUAGUUCUAAGCUAGACAGCAGCAGAAUCUCAGAAGUUCUUUGGAGAGGGGACGCACACGAAGGAUCCAAUAGCGAAUUUCAAGAAGAAGCUGGGCGAUGGGGGCGAUCCUUCCUUUAUGAAAAAGCUGUCCCUCUCUUUCCAAGGAAGUCGAUGUCUCGGUGUUACAACUGAGAUAGUUGACAAAGUCCUCUUCAUUGUGCGUAUAUUAAAACAAGUUACAACUGAGAUUGUCCGACUCAAAAAAGACACCCAUCAUUUCCGUCUACCAAAACACCCAUUGUGAUAAUACAACCCAUUUUUCGUCUACCAAAACCAAAUAUUAUAAUGUGCAACCCCUCGUCUACUCAGUGUCUCUUUGACAUAGAAACUUCAAAAGCCAGGUCGUCCUACUCGUUUCACUGUGUCAAUGCGUCUGUUCUCACUUCAAAAAAACCUCAAGAAAAGCUUCUAAUAGUUCAAGUUCAUCUGAUAGAGGGUCAGGGAUUUUCUCCUCGUCUUCGGGUAUGGCCGCGAACAAGGUUGAUAACGCGAUAGAAGUGGAUACCGACUUCGAAGCAAUGAGUGUGGAUCUGGAGAAUCUUACCUGGCAUGGACAAGAGGGGGACGGACAGGAGGGGGAUGGAGAUGAAACAAAGCAGCGAAAAAUUAUGAAUGGAAAAAAUAGAGAUACACGCGUGCUUACUUUUCAUUUUCUUGACUUUUUGGCUAUGCCUUUGCAUCCUUUAGUAUGGACUUUCACACUGAGUGGAAUACGACAACCUGGCAAUGCUCUACACACUUUUGAUUUACAUGCACUACGCGUACUCUCCUAAUGCUUACGAAGAUCAGUAUGCUCAAGGCAUCAAAGUCGAGCGCAAACAUGCAGACUUGCUUGCGGAGAAGAUUCACGAACAAGUUGUGGGUCUUCAAGAACAGCGUGAGAAUGCAGAUGUUCCCGCACACGCAGGUUUGCCCGCUCUUGUGGAUUUGCCGGCACGUGCAGACUUGCCUGCUCUUGUGGAUUCAGUACGAAGCAUGCUGGAUUUGGUGCACACGCAGCUUGAGGCGUACAAAAGAGAGGGCGCGGAAUACAUGGAGUACUUCAAAUUCAAAGGUAUUUUUUCAGACUCAUACGUUGCUCAGAAGCGAGUUAGCUAGAACUUCUAUGUAAUAGGCACUCGAGUAAGGACUGCUUAGAAACUAGUUAGGCAUUCUUACUUAGAAACUAGGUAGGUAGUCGACCGAGUAAGGACCGCCAGGACGUGAAGCGAUAACAUAAUAUUAGAAAGUAGAACCCAGGGAAGGAAUCAGGAGUUUGGAAUCUCAGAUCAGGAGUUUGGAAUGGUUCGGAUCAGUGUGGUUUUCCUAUCAUAGGAAGGAUGAAACAAUUACUACUAUGCAUUCUAUUUUCUGACCUUCGUUUGUAUCCUCUGACCUUCGUUUGUAUCCUCCGACCCUCGUUUGUAUCCUCCGACCCUCGUUUGUAUCCUCCGACUCUCGUUUGUAUCCUCCGACUCUCGUCGUUUGUAUCCUCCCUUUUGUUUUUUUGACUACCAGACUGGUUGGUGCAGUUGAUGGAGCGGCAAAUACCCUUGGGUCGCAGUUGGGCAAGCUCCGCAACGAGAUAUCAUGUGAGGUCAAGGAGAUCGAGGUGUUGA